UUGGUCGCGGAUUCCACCCUCCGUCUCGGCAACAUUUUCCCCAUUCAUGCGCCCGGCGCUCCCUCCUUCAGCCCCACUUCUCACAAAUAUAUAACUCACUGUCAUCAUCAGCAUCAUUUCGUGGGGGGGGAGAAGCGGCUUUUUUGCCUGGACACCGAGGGAACUUAAUUAUUUCGCGAGAAAAAAAACAUAUUGGCGGUGGAGUGAUUGCAAACGAACGACAGAGAGCGACAGGGCCCACUGGACACUGAGCGACCCCUGGGCCUGUCUGUCGUAUAGUAGACAUGUUUCAGACUGUCCCUGACACGUCGUCUUACGUCAAGGUAAGACACCACCGCCUCUUCGCUCAGGAGGCGCUAUCAGUGGUGAGUGAAGACCAGUCCUUGUUCGAGCCCCCGUACGCUGCUGCUGCCCCUCUCCCCAAGACAGACAUGACUGCAUCUGGCACACAGGACUACGGCCAGACCCACAAAAUCAACCCUUUGCCGCCACAGCAGGAGUGGAUCAACCAGCCGGUGCGGGUCAACGUCAAGAGAGAAUAUGAGCACAUGAACGGAUCCAGGGAGUCUCCGGUGGACUGCAGUGUGGGUAAAUGCAAUAAGCUGGUGGGGGGUAACGACACUUCGCAGAUGACCUAUGGAAACUACAUGGACGAGAAGAACGCGCCUCCACCCAACAUGACCACCAACGAGCGGAGAGUCAUUGUACCGGCAGACCCGUCGUUGUGGUCCCAGGACCACGUGCGCCAGUGGCUAGAGUGGGCCAUCAAGGAGUACGGCCUGUUGGAGAUCGACACGGCCAUGUUUCAGAACACGGACGGCAAGGAGCUCUGCAAGAUGGGCAAGGACGACUUCCUCAGGCUCACCACCAUGUACAACGCCGAAGUGCUUCUCUCGCAUCUCAAUUACCUCAGGGAAAGUAGCUCAUCAUUAUCCUACAAUACGCCAUCUCACACAGACCCAUCCCCGCGUCUGGCUGCCAAAGAGGACCCUUCAUAUGAUGCUGUACGGCGGACAGGGUGGUCAAACAACAUGCACAGUGGCAAAGGCUCUCCGGUGGUUACUCAGAACGUGACCAAGUCCACUGAGCAGCCCAGACCUCAGCCAGAUCCCUACCAGAUUCUGGGUCCCACCAGCAGCCGCCUAGCCAAUCCAGGUUCCGGUCAAAUCCAACUGUGGCAAUUCCUCCUGGAGCUCCUGUCCGACAGCGCCAACGCUGGCUGCAUCACCUGGGAGGGCACCAACGGCGAGUUCAAGAUGACGGACCCCGACGAGGUGGCGCGGCGCUGGGGCGAGCGCAAGAGCAAGCCCAACAUGAACUACGACAAGCUGAGCCGCGCGCUGCGCUACUACUACGACAAAAACAUCAUGACCAAGGUGCACGGCAAGCGCUACGCCUACAAGUUCGACUUCCACGGUAUCGCUCAGGCGCUGCAGCCGCACCCCACAGAGUCCUCCAUGUACAAGUACCCCUCGGACCUAGCCUAUGUGCCUUCCUACCACGCCCACCAGCAGAAGGUCAACUUCGUAUCCCCGCACCCUCCAUCCAUGCCCGUCACCUCCUCCAACUUCUUUGGACCCACUGCUCCGUAUUGGAGCUCACCCACUGCAGGCAUCUACCCCAACCCAAACGUCCCCCGCCACCCUAACACCCAUGUGCCUUCCCACCUGGGCAGUUACUAUUAAAACACCCCAUUGCCUGUCCAUCCACCACCUUCUCAAACCUCCGCUUUCCCCCGCAACAAAGUCCACAAUUGCUGACCUGCACUCCCAGUGAUGCCAAACCAAUGAAGACUGAAUUGAUUGAGGCAUUUGUCCUCGGAAGAAAUUUUGCUCCUAAGUAAAGGAUGAUUCAAUUGAAGGAGUCUUUUUUAUAUAUAUAUACAUAUAUAUAUAUGUAUAUAUAUAUGCAUAUGUAAGAAUUUAUAAACAACUGGAUGCUAUGCUCCAAAAUGGAAUACUACUUACCUUUACAAGACUAGCAACUGUUUGUUUAUUUUUUUUGGACGUGCGUCUGAGUUUCCUGUGCCUUUUUUGUUUCCCCGUCCUCCUGAGAGCUGCACCGACAGGUCUCCUUCCUGAAACCUUUCCAAACCAAAGCCAGAGGACAGGAGAAACAACCCGAGUCUGUCUGCCUCCGCACCCCAGACAUGGGCCUAUUAUUCAUGGGUCUCAAUUUACAUCCUCCUCAGUACAUUAUGCACAUUAUGCUUUAAAGCAUCCGCCUUUUACGCUCAUCAACAAGCCUUGUUGGGGGAUUCGUAUUCCCGCAACAUCUACCCUUCUGUUUCCACUGGCUCUAUCUGCUCAUCUGUCCAUCUGCUUCGUUUUUUGUGUGUGUGUGGAGAGUCUCCUGGAAUUCCCUGGAUAAGGAGGAGCUCUCGCAGAGAUGGACUUUUCUCAGCACUGAAUGAAAUUUGGCAACUGGAAUAUGCCAUUCACAAUUUAAUUUAUCCUCCAAACUGGAAGGCUAGAGAAGAGUUAAAUGCCGCAGAAGGAAGCGCUGUAUGUUUUGCUGACCUGGGUCAACUCAGUUACUUAAAAAAAUGCUUUCUGUGUGUUGUGUGUGGAUUCCGAGAUUGGCCAUGUGUGUACCGUUGACUCUCUUUUUUAUGCAGUUGCUGAGUCGAGAUGUAAUUUAAGUAAUUUGCAAGAAUAAUUCAACCCAGGUCAGAUGUUUUCAGGGGGGGGCCACACACACUCGGCUACUAAAUGUUUGCCAUGUUGUUGCCUCUCAGCCAAUGCCAUUUCCAGAUGUUUUGUUUGCUCGACCAUGUCAGUAUUAAUGUGAAUGUCGUCUGGUUUGUGAAACGCGUAAAAAGGGGAUACCCCCGCAGCAAAAUCAAAAUUUGUCAGAUGUUUUCAUUUGUGAAAAAAAAAAAAAAACUAUAGUGGAGAAAUAGAUCCCGCCCCACUUAGGACCAUGAUUGCUGCACUUGUCUCAAUCUAGAGCAGGAGAGUGCCUUUUUUUAUGCCGAUGUGAUUAUGACAACAUAUCAAAGCUCAAGGCUUUAUGAUGAUAAGUGGAUGUUUUUUUGUUUGUUUGUUUGCUUGUUUUUAUCCAAAGUAUCUUACAGUGCCAUGAGCAUCUACUUUUUACUAUGAGGUGGUUUACUAUGUGCCAUAACGAGACCAAAAACCUGUUAGUGCCAAUGCCUUAACUGCUGUUUAAUACCAUAUAUUUUCUAUUCAUUAAAGUUGGAACAGCAUUAUGUCUUUUAAAAAAAAAAAAAAAAGUAUUGUGACAUUCAUUAAUCAUUUCCAUGUCCGACCAGCAAUCUGACAAUUUUUGAUUUUGAAGUGCCCUCUGACUAGAAACGGCUGCCACGGUGUCUCCUCCCUCCCUCUUUUGUAGGCCAGUCAGGACUGUAGAGGUUAGCACAGAGUAGUGGCUUUGCGGCAAAGUCACGUUUCGCAGACAGUCAAGUUGUAUUUUUACCAGGGCUGGAUCCUAGUUUGAGAGCGGCAUGUGUGUUUGAAUGUUAGUUUCUCACUGAUCUAGAGCCCAGCAAAAUGCACAUGAAUCUCAAGUCAGGAUUUCACCAUCAGCAUCAUCAUCAUGUGACAGUAUCGUGUCGAAACACAUCCAUCUUCAGGUGUUCAGAGCUGUUAAUAGCCAAAGUAUUCCUUCACAGUGGCUGAGAACGGACACUUGAAACAUGAAUUACUUGCGACUAAGUAGUUUAUCCGAGAACAAAACCGAUAAAGUAUGACGAGAUGAAACAAAGAAAUCCUCAGAUUCGCAAACGCUGUGCGUUUGUCAGACCUAUUUUGUAUUAUUUUAUAAGCAUCAGUCAACUAGGCAUUAAAGCAACUUACUGUAUAAAUUAUGCAGAGUUAUUUUCAUAUGUGACACAAUAUAAAAAAGAAGUCAAGAGAAUUAAUACGAGUUGACCUCGGUCAAAAUGCAAAACCUUUUAAGUCCAUUUCUGCUAAGUAGUUUGUUAAGCAUGUAAGCGUUUUUAUAUCUGUACAUUUGGGCAAUACUUUCUAACAUUUUUUUUUUGUUUCCUUGUUAUUGUUAUUGUUUCUGAAAUUCGGUUGUAACAUCCUAAAUGCCUUUAAGUGCACAAGAUGUUUUCUUAUAUUCCCCCAAAAAAACAAUAAAUGCCUGCUUGAAUCAUAAUCCAAUAGCCAGGGAUUCCUUUACUCUAUAUGCAACAUGUAAUUAUUAGGAUGGUUUCUUUCCAUUUUGAAUCACCUUCUUCUGCCAGGUAGCCCUACGAUUGGUAGCUUUUCCUGUACAUUAACGAGUUUCAGGUAUUUGUUUUAUGCAAAGUAAUACCGACAGUAUUAAUAUCCACAACCAGCUUCUCCCGAAAAAAUUUAUAGUAUUAAAAAGAACCAAUAAAAAGGGAACAUGUAAUUUGUAGCAUAAAGAAAUUAUUGUAAUGUACCCUUGUCUUCCAUGUCUCACGAUCAUUAUCAAUGAAAAGGGAUCUGUGCUACUUCGUAUAUGCAAUGUAUUUUGGAUAUCAAAUAUAUAUAAAUAUAUAUGUAUGUGUGCGUGUGUGUGUGCGUGUGUAUGUGCGUGCCUGUGUGUGUGUAAGUUGUGUAAUUUUACAAUUAACCAAUGUAUUAUUAUUAUUGUUGUCAUUCCUGAAAUGUAUGAAUACCUUUUGGAAAAGGUCUUUUGUAUAGGAAAAUGUGACAAAAUAAAUUUUUACCUCUCA